UUGCAAAGAAUUUAUUAAGGAAACUGACAUUUGAAAGAUUCUGAAAAACCAGGUUGUUUCACAUCACUCCUGGGAGACAUUAUUAUUAGAUUAAUACCAACGCGUAGUCAUCCUAAUCCGCCACACGUUGGAUUUGUGUGGGGGUACAUUGUCGACGGUCCAACACAAAUCAGUUUCCAGAACAUCUUUUUGUCUCAAUAAGAACCCAACAUCAAGCUACUGUUUUCAGCUUGUCAACCAAGAAAAGCAUAACUUAAGAACGCUGAGAGAGAAAGAUAGAGAGAGACGCACAGAAAGGUAACUGAAGGAAGAAAUGAAGCUAGUUUGGUCACCCGAGACAGCAUCCAAGGCUUAUAUUGAUACUGUUAAAUCUUGUGAACUUUAUCAUGAAUCUGGUGUAGCAGAGCUUGUUUCAGCCAUGGCUGCAGGCUGGAACGCGAGAUUCAUUGUGGAGACCUGGUCACAAGGUGGAGCUACCGCAACAAGCAUUGGCCUGGCGGUUGCUAGAAUCCACACUGAUGGAAGACAUGCAUGUAUAGUUCCCGAUGAAAGAUCAAGAUUAGAAUACGUUAAGGCCCUGGAAGUGGCCGGCAUGUCGCCAGAAGUUAUUAUUGGAGAACCUGAGGAGGUAAUGAAUGGGUUAAAUGGCAUAGAUUUCAUGGUGGUGGAUAGCCAGCGAAAGGACUUUUCCAGGGUAUUAAGGCUGGCAAAACUGAGUAACAGGGGGGCUGUUCUGGUAUGCAAGAAUGCUAAUUCCAAAAGUGCUUCAAGUUUCAGAUGGAGAAGUGUUACUGAUGAUGGUUCACGCUGGCUUGUGCGUUCUGUGUUUCUUCCGGUAGGGAAAGGCUUGGAUAUUGCACAUGUAGCAACCAGUGGAGGAAACUCAGGUUCAGGCAAAGGUGAAAGGCGAUGGAUCAAGCAUGUCGAUCGACGAUCAGGGGAAGAACAUGUUAUACGAAAGUAGGAUUAUCUCUUUUGUCCUGCAGAAACGGAGAACAGAUAUGUGUGUAGAUUUCUUUUCAACUUCUUUUUCCUUGACUUGUACAGAAAUUUUGAACCUGAAAAUUAUUUAGAAGAACAUUCCAAUGACCUGGUUGAAUCAAAUGCUAAUAGUUUCAAGGAAAUAUACACCAUAUUUUCUAUUUUUCUCAAUCUAUUUCUCAUCCCUUCUUUCGUAUAGAAAAAAAAAAAAAUUAUGUGCAGGGCAAUGAUUAUGAAUCUGGGUCAGCGAGUACCCGAUCUUUAACGAGU